AGAGUGAAUUUAAAAUCUGACAGAAGUCUUGCUUGCCAUUUCCAUUUUUGUUAAAGAAAACUCGCGUUUUUCUACUCAAUUUUCUUUUUAUAAUAUUGAAUUACGCACAAUUUUAAGAAGUGUAUUGUUUUUCAAACCACUUACUUAAGAAAUCAGUUGUAUUGCUUCACAUUAAAAUGGAUAAAUCAAAAGAUUUAAACAGCUCCGAAAACGACGCCACCGGUUCCAGUAAUGACGACAAGUACCGAAUGUACGCUUCGGUAGCUUUUAUGGUAGUUGUAUUAGUUAUUGGCGUUCCCAUGUGGUGGAAGACCACUGAAGUAUACAGAGUAAGUCUACCAUAUUCUGAUAUUCGUGAUCUAAGUGAAUCAUUAAUUCAAAUCAACAUGACAGUUGGAAUCUUUACCUUGAAACCAGAUCGAUCUGCCCUCCUCAUCGAUGAAUUGAGCAAUGCUUUUCAAAAUAACGAUCUUUUUAAUAUUCAAUUCGAGCAAAUUCCACAAAUUGGAAGUGUUGACAAAAUAAAAACUCCAGCUGCAUUAGAAGCACUAAUACUUAAACAUUACCCAGUCAAAACUGGUGACUUUAUAUUUAUUGAAUGGCCGAGCUUACAAGAAGAUGUUCUUCUUACAACAGAUCGUUCUGCAUUCAUAAAAUCAGAUACAAGCUCAUCAAAACUGCAAAAUGUCCUAAAUAUAAACAUACUUCAAACACAUCGAAUAAGAGCUAUUUUGGCCGAAGAUGAAGACGAACGUCACGCAAUGACAAAGAACUCCCCUCCGCAACUACAAUAUGAUGUGAUAGUAUCCGUCCUUAAUCCUCGGCCGGAUUUAAUGGACGUCAAGUGGAAUGUCCAAUUAGCCACUAAAACUUAUAUUCAACCCUUUCUCGAUGCCGUUAAUAAAAUUUCCAACUUCACUUUGAAAACCCAGUGGAAAUAUCAGCUUCCAAUUGACGUUAAUUUAAAACAAGUCCGUGAUGCUAGUUCGCUCGGCCGUCAUUAUGCCUUGCACGAGACAUCAAUGCCACACAUAAUAACUUCAAUAGAAAAGAACCUUGGUGCUGGUAUUACGGAUAACUCUGUAAUUAACAUGGUUGUCUAUGUGCCUCCUUGUGAUAUAGCUCCUAUUCACAUUUAUAAAGAAAAAGACGUUUUGGCGACACGCAAUAAAGUUGACUCAUUCAUUUCACCAAAGUGGGGUGGUGUGAUAAUAUCGAACCCACCUGAAGAAGCUUGCCGAUCCUAUAACGAGAAUCUGGAAAAAGUCAGUUUUUACGUGAAUACCAAUGAUGUAAUGCAGAUAAUGCUAUACCAGCUCCACAAACUCUUGGAUAUUCAUGUAGAAGUAACUCUGGCAGGAGUUAAAGCUGAUGACGUUGACCAGAUAAGUCCACGAGUUUGGGAAUACGAUGCAUUUAUCAGAAGAAGCGUAGUUAAUCAUAUUAUUACCUCAACCCACACAUUGCAGAGCUUAAUACAAUUACUAGAUGAGAUAAGUUACAUUGUGAUUAAUGAUGAUGUGGGGGUUGCUGUCAAUGAAGCCUAUGAAGAAAUUUUGAAAGCAAAAAUGCAUUUACAAGAAGGUGACCUUCUUACAGCUUCAAAGCAUGCAAAGAAAGCUUUUGCAUCGUCCGAAAAGGCCUUCUUUGAUGCAAGUCUUUUGGCCCAAUUGUAUUUUCCGGAUGAACAAAAGUACGCCAUUUACAUUCCUCUAUUUUUACCAAUAAUGGUGCCGGUGAUAAGUUCGCUGGCAAUGUUAAGGAAAUACUAUGGAAUAAAAAAGUCCGCUUCUAAACUGAAGACUAAUUAAAACCGUUUUGUAAACUAUUAUAAUUUUAUUUAUUUUCAAAUAGAUUACAAUUAGAAAACAUAAAAUUAAAGAAAA